GGAACAGAACCAUGGACACUGCUCUGGACUCCUGGGAAGGACGAGCAGGAUAUCAAUGUCAAUCAACAAAUGAAGGCAAUGGGCAAGGUCCAACGAGAAGGCCAGAUCAAGCCCAGCUUACACUCUCUCUGCACAAUUCCUGUUCGGAAGUGACAAGCUGACCAGGUAUCAGAGCAAAGGAGAAAGGAAGAGGUGCGUCCAUGCAGACUGCCCAUUCUGAAGCGAUUCCUGGAGAUUCCCCACCAUGGGACAUUCUUGUCCAAUAUUUUUCACCACAUCAAGCCAUUAAAACCUCCAAGGUUGCGUUCCACAGUCACCGAAUCAUUGAUGCUGAUUCCGGCUCCAUCCUGGAGCGUUGGCAACCCCAGCACCCAGCAAGGAGCAUAAGAUUUAGCUGGGGGAGAGUAACUGGCCCUAUCCACCCCCAGCACAGCACCUCCAGUGACUCUUGCUGGUGUCUAUCUUGUGUGUGUGUGUGUGUGUGUGUUUUAUUAUUGUGAUCCAUUUGGGGACAGGGAUCCAUCCUGUUGAUUUAUUAUUUCUCUGUGUAAAGUGCUCUGAGCCAUUUUUGGAAGGGCGGUGUAGAAAUCGAACGAAUGAAUGAAUAAGAGAGGGAUGGAAGAAAGGAUUCCCAAGCAUAAAACUAAGCACCUUUUUAAACACUGCGUUCAAAUCCCAGAUGUCGUUCGACUACAAUACCCAUCACCCUCAGCCAGAAUAGCUUCAGCCAAGGUUGAGAACCCCCAGAUUAGAUGAGGAAUUGGAACGUCUGACCGGGCCGGAUGCUUCUCGACUUCACUCACUCUAACCCAUUAACAGGUGGCUGAAAAGUCCUUGCCAGUGGACUGUGCAGGAGCAGAAUUUCACCCCAUUUUCUCUUCCGCACCCCACUACCUUUGAUUUGCCACGACCAAGAAUAUCUGCCGCAAAACAAACUAGACUCAGUCUUCAGGUUUUCAUCUUCUAUCAUAAGCAGAAGUGCAGAAACCACCUGUCUUUAUACACACAUUUUUAUGAUGAAUUAAAAUGGAUCAUGAAUGACCACAGAUUAUAUCUAUUUUACUAACUGAGCCACCCCAAGCAGAAGUGUACUGGAGGGGUAGGGCACAAAUAUAAUUGAUUGAUUGAUGCCAAAGAGGAAAGCUGAGAGGAUGGCUGGACUUCCAUUCAAGCCCCAAAGAGACUUCCAGUGGCCAAACAGACUUGAAAUGGACUCUGCGGAACUUGGGUCUGGUCUCCCCUUCUGAACGUCUAAGUGAAGAAGAUGGAUGGUUUGAUGGAUGGCUUGAUAUCGGUAGAGAGCCUGUGUGAAGAUGGCCAUGACAUCAUCUUGCAUCAUCACGACCCGCUUCCGACAUUCUUCUGCCCCCCCCCCACCAGCUGCAGGUCGCCAUAGGGACCGCGAUAAACAAUGACGCAUCAUCGGGCUUCAGUUGCCCACUCCCUAACCGACUUUCCAGCGGUUUAGGAGUACGGACAGCAGGCUCCUCUCACUGGAGAGAUUGCCUGGUCUGCUCUCGCCAGAGAGAACAUCUUCUUGUCCUUCUUGUUGUUGUUUUAGUUGUCCAGUGGACUUCUUUAGACGUUGACAGUCAUCAUGGCAGAUGAGUCGACUGAAAAGAGGCCGUCUGCUGGCUCUGCCUGUACGAGCGCGAGCUCGGCCGGGGAAGGAGGCGGUUCGCCCAGCAGCUUCCUCGAGACACCGACGGCGACCAUUGGUUCCACCUCCAUGUGGUCCUCGGUCUCUGACCUCUCCCUUCAAUCCAUCGAAGGGAGGGACAGCAGGGACCACAGAGACCCAGCAGAGGGAGAUCUGCGGAAGCCGCAACGGGAGCACCAGCGGCCUGGCUCGCCGGCGGCAUCCCCCUACCAUCUCCCCGGACCCUUCUUUGGGCCGCUGGCCCCCAGCCGUCCCACUGCGGGCCCCAUGGCCCCAUUCUUUGGCCAUCCAUCCUUUGGCCAGCUGCGACCUCCAGAGCCGGAAGAGUUCCCACCAUUCUUGCAUAGGGUGAGGGAGGCUCCUGGCUACAGACAUGCCACGCUUGCCCCCAUCCCUCCUGCGGAGACAACAUCUCUGGCCCAGCCUGCCCCCAUCCCUCCUGCUGCAAGAACAUCUCUGGCCCAGCCGGCCAGGGCGGACCCGGCGCGCAAGAGGAAUCGGGUCCUGCUGGCCCACCGGCUGCAAUCAGAAGGCAGCAGCACCACCGCUGCCGCUGGGGGGUUCCGCCCAGCCCCACCGGAUCAGCCCAGGAGCGGCAAGCCGACGGACAUUCGCCGUGCGUCCAGAGUCUUGAUUCCUGCCACUGAGCAGACACUGGCCAUCCAAAUCAAGGAGCCUGCAACUCAGAAGGCAGAAGGCUUCAGCACCGGUGCUGCACGAAGAAUGAAGAUCCCAGAGUUGGGACCACACAGAGCAGGGACCCAGGAGCGCCACCCACCAUCUCCUCCGCAGCUGCAGGGCCGAGGCCUGGCCAAGGGAGGAACAGCCCCGCCCACUGGGGGGAUCCAGCUUCCAAAUCGGAAGAAGCUCCUUGUUCAGAAGCAGGAGUUGCUUCCGGAAUUCCUCUUCCCGCCUCCUCCACCAGAGCCCACCAAAGUGCUCGCAAAGGGAACGGCUUCCCACCUGGUAGCCCCAGGAGACAAGGGCACCCAAUGUACCAAGCCAAGGGUGCAGCUCUUUGACUUUUUGCCGCCCAUCUCCUUGGCGCCCAAAAAGACCAAGGACCGUACAUAUGGGGAGUUGGUGGGCAGGAAACUCCCAGCAGAGAACAAUGGAAAGAGGGCAAGGGCAGCAGGGGCAGAGAGCGUGCCAGCACCCAAGGUGCCACGGGGAAGCCCAAAGGCUGAGGGGGAGGCGAGAUCUGGAGAGACGGCCAAAGCACCCCUGGAGCAGAAGGAAGGGAGAACCGCACAGAAGAUCCCCACUUGCCAUCUGGAGCUGGCCGUCCAACCCCAUCAGCCCACCAAACCAGCAGGUAGCAUGCCAGGCCAGAAGCUGCUGAGAAUGCCUCAGGUCCUGCCAGGAAGGGGGAAAGCACGGCUGCUACCACCUGAAGCCGAAGCUGGGGACACCAAGAGGCAGAAAGUGGGGGCAGUGUCCAGUGGAUCCGCCCAGGCUGUGCCCCCGACUCCGAGGAGCAGCCUGGCCAGAAUGAUGCGGGACUCCGUGCAGGUAUUCCAUGCCCUGGGCCCCCCGGCAAAAUCCAAGAGUGCAGAGGGACAUCCCGGGCAGAGCGUGCCCCCAAAGACACCAGCGAUGUCCAUGGGAAGGCCACCAUCGGGAAGCACAGCCGAGCCACCACCAAGGCCUUUGGCAGCCCUGCCAAGCAGACCAGCGGGGAAGGCACCGCCCAGCUCCAUGGCCAGGCCAGCAGCCAUGCCGAUGGCCAACCUCCCCCCUAGCUCCCUGGCCCACCCACAAUCAACGCCAGUGUGGAGGCCGCCGGGAUCCCGUCCCUUCAUGCUCCGGCCCUCCUCCCUGGCGCAGGCAAAUAGCUUGCGGAUGCACGGUCUUGCUGGGAGGACCUUUGGCCAGCCCCCGCCGGCCCCUCAACCACAGCCACAGCCUUGGGGUCCCACACCAACCCACCGACCCGUCCUCCCUGCCCACCAAGCCUCCACGGAGCAUCCGGUCCUUCCACCUGGUCCCCAGCGCACGACAGCAGAGCAGGAGUUUAAGGGGGACACGUUCAUCCCUUGGAGGACGCCCCCGGCCCACCUGGAAGUCUCCCGGCCCAUGACGGAGGAGCAACGGCCCGUCCGGGAGCUGAUGCGGCGGCGGGCUCAAAGAGCGAGGGAAGAGGCGGCUCAGUGGACAUCAGCCGGCCGGAGGCAGUAUUUCGUGGAGCGGGAGGAGGAAAUGGACAUCUCCCUUCAGUAUGGCUACCCCUGGCGCCACUGAGAGGUCCUUUUGCGAAGAGCCAGACAAGCUGCCCCCAAGAAAGAGAAGCAAGCCACACGGGAUGCCCCUCCCCUUGGCCUCCUGCGGAGGGGAGGGAGUUUGUCCCAGCCACGCUCCGCAGGAGGCCCCAAAGGGACCUGAUUGGCCCGUUCAGUUUUGCGGCCGGGGCUUGGGCCCUUGCUGGGUUCCCCCCCCCCCCCAGCUCUUCAGUUUGGGCUGAGCAUCCGUGGAGGAAGGAGCUCUUCCAUAGACCUUUUUCUUGGCCUGAACCGGAGCGGGCGGGGGGGGGGGCGGGGUGUGCCCGAGGAUGGGAAGAGUGGUAUAUUUUGGUGGGUAGCAUCGACCUGCCGAGCGGCGGCUUCCCCGGACAUCGGCGGUCAUUUUAGCGGCCUGAGGGGGCAUUGGCCUGCGGCUGGAGUGCGGCGGCAUCGGCCCCGGGGCGGCAUCUUCGGGGCUUGGGGCCCUUGUUUUGUCCGGGUUGGGCCUUCCUGGCCUGGGGCGUAUUGGGCAGCCUAACUGGGCGGGACUGGUGGUUGCUCUGAUUGGUGGCACCUAUUUGGGGCCCUGCCGCUCCCUGCGUUUGGGUGGGGGUGUUGGUUGGCCUUGGGGUUACUGGCAUUUUUUGUGACCUUCUUCUCUUCCGUUGGCUUCUUUGGGGGGUCGGAGUGGGGGUCUCUCAGGAGGGCAGCGAGUGGCUCUCUGGGCGCUCUUCUCUCCACGCCCGUCGUGUUCUUUUGCCCGUGGGGUUUUCGGGGUUGUUUUUGGUGGCAUUGGGGGUUGGUGAUUCUGGGCCCCUGCAAUUCGCCCACAUGCCUAGGAAAGCCAAGGAGAAAACCGGUGGUCAGCCUAUCAGGGGGCCAAGCGGCCUGCACCUCCAGCUUCUUCCUCUGAUGAGGAUGAUGGGGAGAUGGUUCUAAUUAGGGGCCUGAUCAACAGAAUGGAAGCUCUGGAGAAGGCCAAGGCUUCCAUUCUGUUGGAAGCAAGGGGGCUGGCCCGUCUGGAGCGCCGAAGGAGUUCCUCGACGCACGCGUGGUGCUGCUGGAACACAGUUACGAAAAUCUCUCUCUGACAGGUUAGGAGCUCUUGAAAAGGGCGAGGGCCCGCCCGGCCCAGUGCUGCCUGCAGAGCCGGCUGAUCCUGUGUUGCCAGUGCCUGGCGUUCCUGUUCCUGCGAUGCCUUCUCCUGCGGUUCCGGAAUCCCCGCUGCCAUUGGAUCAACCCCCUGUGGAUCCAUCUUUGCCUCCGUCCCCGGGUGCUGGCGGAUCGGCGGCUCCUGUUCGGGUCCUGGUUUGCGGCCAUUCGUCGGUCUUUGGGGCCUUCAAGAGGGCCAGCUCCUCCCAUUGGGGCGCCCAGUUGGGUUUUGGGAAGCGUGCUUCCGUUUCUUGGUUGGGUAGGAGGGGCAUGUUAUGAAGCCAGUUGCUCCCUGCCAUUUGGGAUGAUUGAGCUAGGUUCCCUGGGCCUGAUGUCAUUGUGGUUCACUUGGGGGGAAAUGAUUUGGGCGGGCGGGCUGGUCUCUCUCUUAUUAUUAUUACUAUUUCCCUGCCCCAGCUCUUCCGUUUGGGCCGAGCAUCCCCCUCCCUCCCUUCCCUGGAGCAGAGCGGGUCUAGUGACUGGUCGCCCUUCUGGGGCCGAGUAGGAAUUUUUGGCUCUCAACGCAUUGGCCACUGUUGGGAGUUUUUUCGCCUACUCCGUUCUGCGUUGGGGGUUUGAGUUAGAAUUAGGCUGGUCACAUGGUUAUUAUGGGUUAUUAAGGGUUAUUAUCGGUUAUUAUUGUUAUUGGUGAAUAAAGUUGUGGCCCUUUUCACCCAAA